AUGUCGCCGUGGAUCACUGCACUCUCUCGAAUUGAAGACAAGCUUGCCGAGCCCUCACGUGUCAAGGCCCUCUGGCAGGGUGCCGCAGCGUUUAGUAUUAUUGCAACCCUUCUGUCUUCUGCUCUACUUGUCCUCACGGCGCUCUAUUUUAGCAUCCUGCGUGACAAUCUACGUCGCUGGAUGCUCUAUGUUGUCGCUUUUGUUGACGCUAUGACAUUUCUCGGUGCAGGUUUGAUGGUUGGGCAGGCUAUGCGUGAGGGACCAAGAGGCAUCAUAGAACUUGCGGGGAUUCCUUCGGAAAGAGGAAUAUAUGGGGCAGGUAAUACUGUUUUCACUCUCGGUGUGCUAAUCAAUUUCUUGUCCAUAGAGGUGUUUCUGUUUCUUUUCUUUUUAGGCGCAAUUCUUGUUUUUUGGCUUGUAUGGGCUUGUCUAAACAUGUGCCGGGAUGAUAAUAAGACCGAGGUUAGGGUUGAGUACAUUCAUAUGGAAAGCUAA